UUCUCUGGACAGAAAUAACAAAAAACAGAGUGAGUGAGAGAGUAAAGAGCUAGAGUUUGAGAUGGAGAAGAAGGAGCUUAUUGUUUGCUGUGUUGUGGGACUGUUGGGGCUGGUAUCAGCUGCUACAGGCUUUGCUGCUGAGGCAACAAGGAUCAAGGGUUCUCAGGUUCAGUUUGUCAAUGCUACUCAAUGUGAAUAUCCUCGGACAGCAGCUCUUGGUCUUGGUUUUACUGCCGCAGUGGCUCUUAUGGUAGCUCAUAUAAUUAUAAAUGUUUCAACAGGAUGCAUUUGUUGCAAGAGGAUCCCCGGACCUUCCAAUUCUAGCUGGACAAUUGCCCUUGUCUGCUUUGUUGUUUCUUGGUUCUCGUUUGUCAUAGCCUUUCUUCUGCUCCUCACUGGUUCUGCACUGAAUGAACGACAUGGUGUAGAAAGCAUGUACUUUGGCAGCUACUACUGUUAUGUUGUGAAGCCUGGAGUAUUUGCUGGAGGUGCAGUCCUAUCUCUUGCAAGUCUGGUCCUAGGAAUAUUCUACUAUAUCACCUUAACUUCAGCAAAGAAGAACAAUGAUAAUCUGUGCAGCCAGGGGCCAACAAUAGCUAUGGGGCAACCCCAGUUUCCAGUGCAAAAUACUACUACUCAAGAACCUGUCUUUGUCCAUGAAGACACUUAUAUGAGACGGCAAUUCACAUGAUCCAUGGAUAUAUCUUCAUCAGCUAUUCAUGUUCAGUUUUUGAUCCUAUGAAGAUAGUGAGUGAUAAAUCUUGAAAUUGCCACAUAGCAUUCUAGGAACUGUGGAGUUUUUUUGUCGUAGUCUACUAUGUUUUUCGGGUAUAGGUUUAUGUCAGGCAACAGUUUCACGUAAUGUGUGGGUACAUCUAAGCUCAAAUACUCCUAUUCAGUGUCUGUGAUCCUACCAAUAUAAUGAUCUGUCUUUGAAGAUUAUUGAAGUUGGCUAUAGAAUUCUAGAAA